AUGGAUUUCUUGGCUACUCCGAUUAAGAAUCACGUACAGAAUGAACCACAUCAACUGUCUGUUAUAGAUUCACCACCAAUUUUGAAAAGUGAUGAAGAACAAAUAAACAUUAACGAAAGUGAACAUAAUGACAAAAAUACUAAUAGUUCUGAUACUAGUGAAGUGGAUGGGAAAAUAAACGAAGAUCAAGAUCAUCUAUCUCAUGUAGAAGGUUAUCCUCAUGGGUUAUCUGCCAAAAAAAAAAUAACCAGAGUAUAUUUUUCUCUUGAGGGUAAAGAUAGGUUUGGUGAUAAUGAUUGUGAUAUGUCAAUUGAAUUAGGACGAAAUAAUUCAGAUAUAAAGAGUGAUUCAGAACAAAAUUCUUCCUCUGAUUAUAAUUCAAACCCAAAUACACAAAAUAAAUCAAUUGAUUCCAAUAACAAUGACCUAACAAAUUCUUCUAUAGAAAUAAAAAAAACUGGAAAAGAACUGCAAGAUACAGUGACUACAUCAAAUGGUAUGCAAUAUAAAAGAGACGGAGAAGAACUUUUUGAAAAUGAUGGUGAACAUUCUAAUAAAAAAGUAAAAUUGGAUAAUGCACUUGACUUACACAAAAAUGAUCAAAAAAAAGAUAACAGUAUCGUGACUAAUAAUGAUAUUAAGAAUACUAUAUUAGAUACUUUUGAAUAUAAGGCAAAUAAUGUUGAUCAGCAUAUUGAAAAUCCAUUCCAAGAUAAUUCAACACACACAAAUCCACAGAUUACUUCACCUAUUCAAAUAGAACUAGUUGAAACAAAGACAGAAGAUAUAAAACCUGAGGAUUAUAGAAAAAAUGCAGAUAGUUCAGAGAAAGAUCACGAACUUCUUGACGAACCAUUUGAUGCCUCUCACAAGUUGACUCCAAUUGCACAUCAAGCUGUUUCUAAUUAUGAUAUCAUUGAUGGUGAUAUUGAUAUUGAUUCCAUAGGCAAGAGGAAUGAUGAGUUGAAUGAUCAAAUUUUUUCUUUAAAUCAAAGAAUAAAUUUAAUGCAUGUUUUACAUGAGAAGCUAAAAGUAGAGUUGAAACAGUUGAAAUUUACCAAUGAUAUGAUUAACGAAGAGAAACAGAAAUUGCAAGAGCAAGUUCAAAAUCAUCACGAUGAAUUACAAAAGAAAAACGAAAAUAUGAAUUAUGAAUUAAAUAAUUUAAGAUCUGAACUUUCAAGUUUACAGUCGAACCAGACAUUGUUACAAGGGAAGUAUGAUCAAAUUUAUAAUGAAAAUAUUAAAUUGCAAAAUGCUAAGGAUAUGUUAAGUAAUGAAAUAGAUACUUUGCAAAAGAGUCUUUCAGAUAGUGCCGAUAUUUUGGAAGAUUUAACAGCGCAUAAUAAAGAUUUAGAGGAUAAAUUAAACCAACUUACCAACGCAAAAUUAUCUAUUGAAAAUGAAAGAAAUGAGUUUAAUAAAGAAUUAAGACGUAUUAUUACUCAACUAGAUGGCAAAGAUAAUGAAAUUGCCACCUUGGAAGGGAAAGUCAGAGAGUUGAUUGAACACGAAAAGAAUCAUUCUAAAGACUUAAUUGACCAAAUUGCAAAUUUAAGUAAGGAUAAGAUGAGUUUAGAGGAAAGAAUUAAAAAAAGUGAAAAUAGUUAUAAAACUGAGACACAAUAUUUAAAAGAUACUAUUGAUGAGAAGGAACAACAGCUUGCUGAUCUUAAAGAACAAAUAAAUAAGACUAAAGAGAACAAAGUUGAGUUGGAAAAAUCUUUAAAAGAGAAAAAUAAUGAGUUGGAUGUCAUGAAGAGAAAUUUUGAGGAGACGAAUGAUAAUGCCACAAUUAAAACAGCAGAAGUUAGUGAGCUUAAUAAAGAGAUUGAAAAACUUAAAGAAGAUAAAUUACAAUCAGAAGUAAACUUAUCCAAACUAGAGGAACAAAUACAAGAAUGGGAAAACAAAUAUAAAGAAGAGGUUGAAAUAAAGCAGCAGUUACAUAUUGAACUAGAAAGUUUACAAGAAAAAAUUACUAAAGAAGCAAUAGUUGAAGCCAGUAAUACUAAUAUUAUCAAUUCUGCUGAAUAUCAAAAACUGAAAGAGGAGAAUGAGAAGUUAAAAAGAGCUCAAGAAAAUAAUAUAUCAGCAUUACCACCUUCUAUAGAUGAUUCUGCAUUAGAAAUGUAUAAGCAACAAAUUGAGAAUCUCAAACGCAAGUUGGAGCAGAGAGAGGCUGAUACUACAAAGAGGUUACGAAAAUUAUCAGAGGACCUAUAUGUUCAAUAUUCCUCUAAACAUGAGCAAAAGGUGAAAUUAUUGAAAAAGAAUUAUGAAACCAAAUUUAAAGGUGAAAUUGAGAGAUUAACACAAGAAAAUAUUGCAUUGCAACAGGAAGUAGAACAACUAAAUGAAAAGUUGUCUAUUGGACGUAGAGAAAAGCAAGAACUUCUUAAAGCAUUAGAAGACAAAUAG